AUGGUGGCCAUUGGGUCUGGGAUGUCUGUGAAGCCGACAAGUGCAAUGCACACGUGGGCCGUGGAGGCGAUUACCACUACCACGGUGACCCCAUCGGCUCUGCUUGCGUCUACACCGCCGACAGCUACACGAACAACGACCCCCCAUACGGUGAAGAUUGGUUACGCGCUGGAUGGAUAUCUGGUGUAUGGUCGCUAUACUGCCUCCAAUCAACCGGGAAUCGAUGUGGAUCUGGAUCUCUGUGGUGGCCAUUCGCACGAUUCCUAUGGCUAUCAUUAUCAUCCCAGUGUGGAAACCAGGAGUGGCUCUAGUCAGCUAGUCUCUGGAGACUACACGGCCUACUACUUGGGGCCAAAGAAAUGCUUCAAGGGACAGGUGAGCAGUAUCUCCAACUUCUAUGCAGAUGCCUCCAAGCCCUACACGCAGGGGGGCAUGGACGUGGGCCAGCCCAACUAUGACAACACCCUCAAGCAAUACGACGAUGUGAGCAGCCGCAGCGACUACGAAGACUUGAAGCCCUGUUGCUCCAUGAGCAGCUCCUGGGCGGCCAGUGGCAUUAGCUUCGAUACCACUGGAAACACUGGCAAGGAUGGCACCACUGGCACAGGCACCACCGGUGGCGGCACAGGGGGUACCACCUUGGGCUCCUGCAGCGGCACGGACGACAAAGGGAAGACCUGCCCGCCGGACUACACGGCGGACAAGCCUUGCCCUCCCGGCUGCACCACCAUCCCAGCUGGCUCCACCACGAGCGGCGCGAACUCCGGUGCGACGACCACCGCGACCACCGCGAGCAGUGGGUCCUAUGAGUACACCACGGCGAACGCGCUGAGCUACAUGUGCGGAAGUCUGGACACCACUGGGCGGGAGAUCACGUGUGGCCAGGGGGAAUACCCUGCCGGCAACAACGAAGGCACUGAUGCGAGCAUCUCUUGCUCCUCUGGAACCAUUGAAUGCUUUGCUGCUGGGAUAUUUCGACGGAUUUUGGUCGCGUUCGGAGUAAACUGCUCAGGUGUGGCCCAAUCUUUUUCGCAACACAUUUUCCAUCGGUUCCUGUUGAACACUUCACACCUUCACAUUGUUUUUUGGACAGGUCAAGCAAGGGCUUCAAUGGCAUUUGUUGAAAACGCUGGAAAAUGCUGUCCACGGUCGAAGGAGAACUGCGAACCAGGGAGGGGAGAAACCGGGGGGAACAACCCCAACUCCGUUGUUCCCAGCUUCUGCAGCUUCUCCUGCCCUUGA